AUGCCCCGCACCGCUCCCCAGUGGCCGCCGCUCCUGCUGCUGUCGCUGCUGCUCCCGCUGCUUCUGCUGCAGCCGCUCGCCCGCGGCGCCCCGGCCCGGCCUGGAGCCCCGGGCCCGGCCUCGGAGCUGGUGGUGCCCACGCGGUGGGUGGACCGCGCGGGAGAGCUGGCGCUCCACCUGUCCGCCUUCGGCCAGGGCUUCGAGUUGCGCCUGGCGCCCGACGCCAGCUUCCUGGCGCCCGAGUUCAAGAUCGAGCGCCUCGGGGACUCCGGCGGGGCUGCCGGGAGCGAGCGCGAGUUGCGCGACUGCUUCUUCUCCGGCACCGUGAACGGGCUGCCAGAGUCCCUGGCAGCCGUCAGCCUGUGCGGCGGGCUGAGCGGCUCGUUCCUGCUGGACGGCGAGGAGUUCACCAUCCAGCCGCAAGGCGCGGGGGACUCCCUGCACCGGCCGCACCGCCUGCAGCGCUGGGGACCCGGCGCGCGCAGCGCCCAAGCCCACCCCCUCUUCAGAGGACCCGAGUGGGGGGUGCAGGAGGGCGACAGUCAGAGGCAGGAGAGAGACGACGAGCUCGAGGAGGAAGAGGAGGAGGAGGCACAGCGGGAAGAGAGUGAAGAAGAUGUGUCAGAAGGCGCCCUCGGGCUGCCACCACCUCUGGGGGACGCGAGUAGGACCAAGCGGUUUGUGUCUGAGGCUCGCUUCGUGGAAACACUGCUGGUAGCUGAUGCGUCCAUGGCAGCCUUCUAUGGAACCGACCUGCAGAACCACAUCCUGACGCUGAUGUCCGUGGCGGCCCGCAUCUACAAGCACCCCAGCAUCAGGAACGCCGUCAACCUGGUGGUGGUGAAAGUGCUCAUAGUGGAAGAUGACCGGUGGGGCCCGGAGGUGUCCGACAACGGUGGGCUUACCCUGCGCAGCUUCUGCAACUGGCAACGGCGUUUCAACCAGCCCAGCGACCGGCACCCAGAGCACUUCGACACGGCCAUUCUGCUCACCAGACAGAACUUCUGUGGGAAAGAGGGCAUGUGCGACACCCUGGGCGUGGCGGACAUUGGCACCAUCUGUGACCCCAACAAGAGCUGCUCUGUGAUCGAGGACGAGGGCCUCCAGGCGGCCUACACUCUGGCCCACGAGCUGGGGCACGUCCUCAGCAUGCCCCACGACGACUCCAAGCCCUGUGCACGGCUCUUUGGGCCCAUGGGCAAGCACCACAUGAUGGCACCCCUCUUCGUCCACCUAAACAAGACGCUGCCCUGGUCCCCCUGCAGCGCCAUGUACCUCACGGAGUUGCUGGACGGUGGGCACGGAGACUGUCUCCUAGAUGCCCCUGCCUCGGCCCUGCCCCUCCCGACGGACCUCCCGGGCCAACGGGCCCUCUAUGACCUGGACCAACAGUGCAGGCAGAUCUUCGGGCUGGGUUUCCGCCACUGCCCCAACACCUCUGCGCAGGACGUCUGCGCCCAGCUCUGGUGCCACACGGGUGGCGCCGAGCCCCUUUGCCACACGAAGAACGGCAGCCUGCCCUGGGCUGAUGGGACACCCUGUGGGCCUGGGCACCUCUGCUGGGAUGGCAGCUGUCUCCCCGAGGAGGAAGCGGAGAAGCCCCAGGCCGCGGUGGAUGGAGGCUGGGCCCCCUGGGGACCCUGGGGAGAAUGUUCCCGGACCUGCGGAGGAGGAGUACAGUUUUCACACCGCGAGUGCACGAACCCCGAGCCUCAGAGCGGAGGAAGAUACUGCUUGGGUCGGAGAGCCAAGUACCAGUCAUGCCACACGGAGGAAUGUCCCCCUGAUGGGAAAAGCUUCCGAGAGCAGCAGUGUGAGAAAUACAACGCCUACAAUUACACUGACAUGGAUGGGAAUCUCCUGCAGUGGGUCCCCAAGUACUCGGGGGUGUCUCCCCGGGACCGCUGCAAGUUGUUCUGCCGAGCCCGGGGAAGGAGUGAGUUCAAAGUGUUUGAGGCCAAGGUGAUCGAUGGCACCCUGUGCGGGCCGGAGACCCUGGCCAUCUGUGUCCGUGGCCAGUGCGUCAAGGCUGGCUGUGACCACGUGGUGGACUCGCCUAGAAAGCUGGACAAAUGUGGGGUGUGUGGGGGCAAAGGCAACUCAUGCCGGAAGGUCUCCGGUUCCCUCAGCCCCUCCAGUUACGGCUACAAUGACAUCGUCACCAUCCCAGCUGGUGCCACAAACAUCGAUGUGAAACAGCGGAGCCACCCCGGGGUCCAGAAUGAUGGCAACUACCUGGCACUGAAGACUGCCGACGGGCAGUACCUGCUCAACGGGAACCUGGCCAUCUCCGCCAUUGAGCAGGACAUCUUGGUGAAGGGGACCAUCCUGAAGUACAGUGGCUCCAUGGCCACCCUGGAGCGGCUGCAGAGCUUCCGGCCCCUGCCAGAGCCUCUGACCGUGCAGCUCCUGACAGUCCCUGGUGAGGUCUUCCCCCCCAAAGUCAAAUACACCUUCUUCGUUCCCGAUGACGUGAACUUCAGCAUCCAGAACAGCAAGGAGAGAGCAACCACCAACAUCAUCCAGCCCCUGCUCAACGCACAGUGGGUCCUGGGGGACUGGUCUGAGUGCUCCGGCAGCUGCGGAGCCGGCUGGCAGCGACGGACCGUGGAGUGCCGCGACCCCAGCGGCCAGGCCUCCGCCGCCUGCAGCAAGGCUCUGAAGCCCGAGGAUGCCAAGCCCUGUGGAAGCCAGCCAUGCCCUCUGUGACCCGGCGGGGCCCAGUCUUGUGCUCGUGGACUCGGGGUGCUGGGCUGCAGACAGGUGUCCCUGUAGUGACUCUGUGUCUGGAGGUGGCGUGGCUACCCAGGUCUCACACUGCACCAGCCCCUCUGGCACGGGGAGGGAAGACAGGAUGGGCCAACCAGUCCACUACUUUCUAGUGGACGGGACCUUGCUUGGGUUCAA